UUUUGUUGUCUCCGCCUCCUCCGGACCGCGAGCCGCGCGCGCGGGGACCUUGGCUCUGCCCUUCGCCGGCUAGGCUGAACGGGGCCGGCCGGGACCCAGAGAAGCGUCGGGGAGCCGCGGGCCGCGCCAUGGAGGUCCGGGCCCCGGGCCGGUGGCUGCUGUGUGCGGUCGCCGCGCUGGCCGCCUGCGCCCUCGGGGACCCCGCCAGCAAGAGCCGGAGCUGCGGCGAAGUCCGCCAGAUCUACGGGGCCAAGGGAUUCAGCCUGAGCGACGUGCCCCAGGCGGAGAUCUCGGGUGAGCACCUACGGAUCUGCCCCCAGGGCUACACUUGCUGCACCAGCGAGAUGGAGGAAAACCUGGCUAACCGAAGCCGUGCGGAGCUGGAGACAGCACUCCAGGAGAGCAGCAGAGCCCUGCAGGCCACACUGGCCACCCAGCUGCACGGCAUCGAUGACUACUUCCAGCGCCUGCUGAACGACUCGGAGCACACACUGCAGGAUGCCUUUCCUGGUGCCUUCGGGGAGUUGUACACACAGAACAGCCGGGCCUUCCGGGACCUGUACACCGAGCUGCGUCUCUACUACCGUGGCGCCAACCUGCACCUGGAGGAGACGCUGGCUGAGUUCUGGGCCAGGUUGCUGGAGCGCCUCUUCAGACAACUGCAUCCCCAGCUCCUGCUGCCCGAUGACUACCUGGACUGCCUGGGCAAGCAGGCUGAGGCACUGCGGCCCUUUGGGGAUGCCCCUCGGGAGCUGCGUCUGCGGGCCACCCGGGCUUUCGUGGCCGCUCGCUCCUUCGUGCAGGGCCUGGGUGUGGCCAGUGACGUGGUCCGGAAGGUGGCCCAGGUGCCACUGGCCCCAGAAUGCUCUCGGGCUGUCAUGAAACUGGUCUACUGUGCUCAUUGCCGGGGGGUCCCUGGUGCCCGGCCCUGCCCUGACUAUUGCCGAAAUGUGCUGAAAGGCUGUCUUGCCAACCAGGCCGACCUAGAUGCUGAGUGGAGGAACCUCCUGGACUCCAUGGUGCUCAUCACUGACAAGUUCUGGGGCCCAUCGGGUGCGGAGACUGUAAUUGGCGGAGUGCACUUGUGGCUGGCAGAGGCCAUCAACGCCCUCCAGGACAACAGGGACACACUCAGAGCCAAGGUCAUCCAAGGCUGCGGCAACCCCAAGGUCAAUCCCCAGAGCCUUGGGCCCGAGGAGAAGCUGCGCCGCAGCAAACUAGCACUGCAGGAGAGGCCCCCCACAGGCACACUGGAGAAGCUGGUCUCUGAGGCCAAGGUCCAGCUCCGAGACAUCCAGGACUUCUGGAUCAGUCUCCCCGGGACACUGUGCAGUGAGAAGAUGGCCAUGAGCUCCGCCAGUGAUGACCGCUGCUGGAACGGGAUAGCCAAGGGCCGGUACCUACCUGAGGUGAUGGGUGAUGGCCUGGCCAACCAGAUCAACAACCCUGAAGUGGAAGUGGACAUCACCAAGCCCGACAUGACCAUCCGGCAGCAGAUCAUGCAGCUUAAGAUCAUGACCAACCGUCUGCGUGGCGCCUACGGUGGCAAUGAUGUGGACUUCCAGGACGCCAGUGAUGAUGGCAGUGGCUCUGGCAGCGGUGGUGGCUGCCCAGAUGAUAGCUGUGACCGGAGGGUCAGCAAGAAGAGCUCCAGUUCCCGGACACCCCUGACCCACGUCCUUCCUGGCCUGUCAGAACAGGAGGGACAGAAGACCUCAGCCACCAGCUGCCUAGAGCCCCACAGAUUCCUCCUGCUCUUCCUCCUCACCCAGGUGUUUGCAGCAGCCAGGCCCAGGUGGCGGUAACUGCCCCACUACCCCAAGGACUGUUGACCAAAACAUGCAACAGACAAUAUUUAAUUCCCUUGGCCUCCGAGGCCCAGGGCAGGGCAAGGAGACAGUGGCUCUGUGUACUGGGGCAGGGUGCAUGGGGUCCUGGCCUCCUGGGUCUGGCCUCACCUGUUGCUCUAGCUUUUCAUUUUGUAUCAGGUCAGCUGUGAGCCAGUAUCCCCAAAAGCCAUGUAUUUCAGGGACCUCAGGGGCAUCUCUGGCUGCACACCAUCCUCCCCCUCCCGCACCGCCCGAGGAAGCUAUUGAGGCCAGCUAGAAGGGCGGCUGUUAGCUACAACCCGUUGGAGACCUCAAGCAAGCCUGUGCCUUCCUCUCCUGCCUCUUCCCACUGGGGACUCCCCACAAGACUCCAUGGGUCACAGAUGUCAGAAAGUUAGGCCCACGCCACAACUCCCCAGGAAGCCCGCAAGGGCCACCAGGGUAUCCCUGCCCAGGCUCUGGCAGGGCCUUUAAGAUUAUGCAUGAUACUUUCCAUCCAGCAGAGGCUCUGAGUCCAAGACCCCCCCCCACCAGAAGAGUGGCAUCUGGUGGUCUCUGCCAUACUUCCUUGAGGGUGGAUGCUGUCCUGUCUCAAAGGUUCAUAGAGUCAGGCCUUGGGGAGCCAAGUCUGUAUGAGGAACCCCACUUCGGUGGAGUAGCCGGUCGCUUCUAGCCGCUAUCCCACCUCGACAGGUCACCUGAUCACAGGGAUGCUGGGUGGCUGGUGAAACUUCAGCUCAGGGCCAUUAGGACCUGGCAUUGCAGGUCAGGAGGACUCCUGGGCCCCUUCCUAACCCAGGCAGCUCUCUGGGGGUUAGGGGAGCAUUGACAGUAAAGGGCUUUUCUAGACGCGCACAUUCAGACACUCAGUGUCCCUGUCCACUGAGAGCUGCAUCUCAAGCCUCCCAGAUAGCACUGGAGAGGCCCGGGGGACUGUUUGGAUCCUGGGGCCCGUCUAUGGCCUGGGGAGCACCUGGCUUACAAAGGCUGUUGGGACCCCUUCUUCCCGCCUAGGCCCUUCAGCAAGGGAAGGACUUCCAGGGCCUUGGGAAUGCUGAGGUGCCAUGGCCAGGAAGACUGUAGUCCUGACAUGCAGGAGACCUGGAAAAGAAGGCCACUUAGCAUUUGCUUCUUGUCCCUGGGAGGCCACUGCCACCACAGUGGACUGACUAGUAAUCAGGCCCCCUGGCCUAGGGCAGGCGUUCUCUGACAUUGAUCCAUGGAUAUGUUGGGCCCAGGCCCUGAGCACACCCACCCUGCCCCACCCCUGCUAGUGCCACUCAAGCUGGGGUGACAGGUGCCAGACCUGGACUGUGAGACAAGUGUUGCCCAAGUGUCAGGACAGCAGCACCCGUGCUGCACAGGGCAGCCAGGCCUGACACUGGGCAUUUCCAGAGCUUGUCUGGAAGGGGGAACCCUGGGCCAUUACUGGACAGGGUAGUGGCCAAGCUACUGUAGCCUUCCUCCAUGAGGCCCCCUGCCACUCAGUACCAGUGGGUGACGUGUGUUCUUUGAGUCCUUGUAUGAAUAAAAGGCUGGAGACCCAUAGUGGAUGUGACCUGUGUAGCUUGGAAGAGACUGCAUGUGUGCACAUGCAAGCAUGGCAUGUGCCCUGAGGCUGUACAUAGCAGGGCACAGACCAGGACCUGGUAGGAGAGGUUUGCAUGAAGGUUGCACCCAUAGUGGAGCCCCAGGAGUUCUGUGAUGUGGAACCCACCGAGCAUUGUCAAGUCCUCCCCUAGGAGGGCUCCCCUCUUCCCCAACUGAUCACGUCAAAGUUCAUGGGAAGAGGGGCCAGGGUACCAAGACCCGUGAACCUGGGCCUGCCCCUUCCUCCCACCUCUGUGCAAGGAAGGAUUCCUGUUCCUGCAAGUUCCUAGCUAGCCUGCACCUGCAGAUGGGGUCUAAAUACCCUUCAGCAUGCAGGGCUGGCUCUCCCUCACCUUGGGUCUGCCUCCGUAGCUGAAGAACCCUCAAUGGCAGGAGUCAAAGAUGUUCUGCUCUCUUGGCCAGGUGUGGCUAACAGGCUGCUUUAUCUGGGAGCUGUGACCCACACUGCUGGGCCUGGUAGACACACAUUUUAUACAGUUCCAUGUAAUUGGGCCUGUGAGCACAGGAAGCAGAGCCUCUCCCUAACUCCAUGCACUACCAGGCCGUACAUCCUAGAGAGACAUUAAUGGCUCUGAGAAGGAAGGCCCCUCCAAAGAGCACAGCUGGAGGGCGUUAGGUUCCUCCCAAGGACAUCUGCCCUGGUUAGGCCAGCAGUUGACAGCUGCAUCGUCACUCCGCUGCCCCUUUUCAGGUCCUGGGAAGCCGACCCCAUGGCCCAGAUUCUCCAGUGGAAGAUGAGAAGGGGUAAUGUUCUCUCUCCCCAGGUGGCCAGGAUAGGCAACUGUGAGGGUAGGGGCUUAGCAGAACCCAGUGGGGACAGGCAGGUGACUAGGCUGUGGCUUGUGGCUGCCUGUGGAACGUGUUUCAAGCAGUCCAGCAGGAUCUUGGACAUCUGGUUCAGCUCCUGCUUUGUGUUCACUUUGAGCUGUGCUAAGUCCAUCCUCCCUGCCAGGGAAAGGAGAACACAUGUGAGACAGGUACCCAGCCCUGGAGCCAGCAGCCAGGAGCAGGCCAGGACUAGCUCAGUGGCUCCCAAGACCUGCCUACUCUGCCCCAGUGCCCCAGGAGGCCGGCAGGGAGGAGUCCCUUCCCUGCCAUCACUAGCACUAGCUCUCACACUCUUCCUCAUGGAAACUUAGGAAGCCACAGGCACCUUAACCAGCCCACGCUGAUGGCAGAGCAGCCAGCUCCUCCGUAGCCUCUGGGACUAGCCUCUGUGAGCGUCCCUAAGCACCUGUAAGCAAUCUUGCAGGCUAGUGUGGUGCUUGCAGUACACAUGCAUAUGCUCAUGCACCGUACACACCAUGUAUGUAUAUCAUAUUACAUAAUCAUGCACUUGUCCAUAUGCACAUGCUGAACUUGCGCACACAUACACACGGGAUCACUCACACAAAGCACACAGGCACACCAUAGGUACAUAAAUGUGUGGAUGAACUCACACUCCUCCAGGUGUCCCUAAAUAAUUCUUUGCCUCAGGCCAAGGCCCUCAGUGGAGAAAUGCCAUUUGUGAUGCAAGUGCUUCCAGCAUUGGGGUGGAGGCUGGUUCCCUCGAGUCCCCUUCCCCUAUGCUGCUAUUACAGCUGUCAAGCAUCACAACCAGAGUAUCUGUUCCUGCUGGAAACAGGACGGGUGGUGAGGCACAUGCUAGAGCUGUCGGGGUCAAAGGGCCAACAAGGUGACAUUGGGCAGUGGGCAGAGUGCCAGGGACCCCAGCAGCAAGCUUGUAGAGUUUGUAAGAUUCUUCACUGAGACACCAGGGCCACCUGCUGAGGAGUGAGGGCAGUCACUGUCCAGAAGACUUUCCUUCUGUGUGCAGGGACCCCUUCCCCCCAGAGCCCAGGAACACAUGAAUCGCCCCCAGACAGUAAGACUUCAGUGUCUCCACUUUCCUGACAUGCCCUGAGAAGGUGAACAGGAGCUCUAUAUUGUUAGUGCAAACCUGCUUCUAAGUCCAAUCUGAAGACGCACAGACCGGAGGCUGCCAGAAGCUUACAGGUUUCAGAAUGCAUACCCUCUGCCUAGGCAGUCCACCCAUCCUGGAGUGACGAUAUCAAGAAGUGUUCAGACUGAACAGCUUACAGGAACAUAGUGGACCGCUACAAUAAACCUCUUUGCUCACACA